AUUUGGUUGUGUGCUUGGAUAACGUCCAUUGGAAGGCCCGGGAAUCCUGGAAGGCCACGUAUUUGACAGUUCUGAGACAGCGCAAAAGUAAAAAUUCACGCUUUAUUUACCAUCCUUUUAAAUGCAUUUCCUGACUUAGAGCGAACGAAUUGUUAGUGUCAGACGAGUGAAAAAGCUUUGGCAAAGUGGCGCGCCAGAGCGACAAGAUGCGUCGAUCGCAGGGCUACAAUUAUCAGCCGGUGCCCCAGAGCGCCCCAUCGAGCAGCCACGAUGCCUUGGAGGAGGAGAACGAGCGCAUGGCGGAGGAGCUGAAGGGCAAAAUUGGCGCCCUGAAGACACUCACGAUAGACAUCGGGAACGAAGUGCGCCUUCAGGAUCGCCUGUUGGUGGGAAUGGACGACGACAUGGAGUCCACGUCAGGCAUCCUGAAGAACACAAUGGGCCGGGUGCUGCGCCUGGGCAAGGGCGGUCAUCGCAACUACAUGUGCUACAUGUUCCUCUUCGUGCUGGCCAUCCUGCUGCUUCUGUAUGUCGUCCUCAAGCUGAGAUGAACCCACCGAAAGGCGCGCCUGGCUUCCUGAAUUCCGGACACAAUUCCCCGUUUCAUCCCGCGAGGGACUCUAUUUAAGCUUUCUCAAGUUGUUUGGUCGGUAAGUGGAGGGAAAUAAAUAUUUUUUGCCAAAUUUCUA